UCGCCGGAAGUUGACAGUUAGCAUCUCAGCCAGUUUACGUUCCCAGUGAGACUGAGGAGCGUCCAGGUGUAAAAAUGUUACCUUUAUCUAUCAAAGAUGAUGAGUACAAACCGGCCAAGUUCAACCUGCUGCUCAAACUGUCCGGGUGGUUCAGGUCGAUUUUAGCUGAUAAAACCUCCAGGAAUCUCUUCUUCUUCCUCUGCCUCAACCUCUCCUUCGCCUUCGUGGAGUUAACCUACGGCAUCUGGAGUAACAGUUUAGGUCUCAUCUCGGACUCCUUCCACAUGUUCUUUGACUGCACCGCCCUGCUGGCCGGCCUGGCAGCCUCCGUCAUCUCCAGGUGGAGGUCCAAUGACAGCUUCUCCUACGGCUACGUCAGAGCCGAGGUUCUGGCCGGCUUCGUCAACGGACUCUUCCUCAUCUUCACCGCCUUCUUCAUCUUCUCAGAAGGAGUGGAGAGAGCCUUGGAGCCGCCAGACGUUCACCACGAGCGGCUGCUUCCUGUUUCUGUGGCCGGCCUGCUGGUCAACCUGGUGGGGAUCUUCGUCUUCCAGCACGGAGGACACGGACACUCGCACGGGGACGGAGGUCACGGUCACAGCCACUCUCUGUUCAACGGCAGCCUGAGCCACGGACACGGAGGACACGGAGGACACGGACACAGCCAUGAUGGACAUGGACACAGCCAUGACAAACACGGAGAUCAUGGACACGGACACGGAGAUCAUGGACAUGGACAUGGAGGACACGAGGACUGUCACAGUGAGUCAAACGUCCGUCUUUUCUCCGUCAGUCGAGACGUUUUCAGAGAAUCUGAACUUGUUGCUUUUUGUUCCUCAGAUGAGCUUCAACGCCCAGGAGAAGGAUCCAGCAAGCAGAUCCUACAGGGCGUUCUCCUCCACAUCAUCGCCGACACUCUGGGCAGCAUCGGCGUCAUCAUCUCCGCCCUCCUGAUGCAGAAGUACGACCUGAUGAUCGCCGACCCCAUCUGCUCCAUGCUGAUCGCCCUCCUCAUCGGAGUCAGUGUGGUGCCGCUGCUGAAGGAGUCCAUCGGUAUCCUGAUGCAGAGAACGCCGCCGUCGCUCGACAACGUGCUGCCAGAGUGCUACCAGAGGGUGCAGCAGCUGCAGGGAGUCUACAACCUACAGGAGCCUCACUUCUGGACGCUGUGCACGGACGUUUACAUCGGGACGUUAAAGCUGCUGGUGGCGCCGGACGCAGACACCCGCUGGAUCCUCAGCCAGACGCACAACAUCUUCACUCAGGUCGGCGUCAGACAGCUGUACGUUCAGAUCGACACGGCCGCCAUGUAGAAGCUCCGCCUCCUCUAGUCCUGGGACCAAUCAGUCAUCUGCUGCUGGGUGACCUUUGACCCCUCUACAGAAGGGAGGGGUGGGGACACACAAAGAACUGAUGAACUCAAAAGCCCCGCCCACGUUGGUGGUUUUAUAAAUAAUUUACUGGGUUUGGGGGGCGACUCGUCUGCCUCGCUCCUCCUGCCCUUCUCUUUGUUUGUAGCAAAGGAUUCUGGGUAAGUGCCUUCAUCAGAGACAAUCUGAGCCCCUCCCACUAUUGGUGACAUCACACCUGGUGUCUGCUGAUCGGCUCAGUGAAAUGUCACCGGGUUUUUCCGUUUUUUUUACUGUGCCAAACCAUGUGACCAAAUCAUGUGACCUGUUAGUGGGAUUUUUUUAACUGUAAUAAAUCAAUUUCUCUGCUCA